UGUGAUUUGACAACAGGAGCUGUGACCUGUGCCGAAGGAGGCGGCAGCUUCUCACAAUGAAGAAACAUCACAACAGAGACAAAUUCUUUUUUUAGAGCAGGUGCCGAGGCUCGGACGGUCAAAAACGCCUCGUUUGAACGCUGUCGUGAUGAAAAUCCAGCGUACGUAAUGGUAAUGGGUGACACGGUCAUGAAAUAAAUCCUUCUUUUUUUUUUUUUCUUGGUCGGUGAAUGACUUUGAAUAAGACAGUCUACGUGAAAAGCAACAGAAAGCGACGCAGAGGGGCGAACAUGGCAGACAGAACUGCUCCAAACUGCCACCUGAGACUGGAGUGGGUGUACGGAUACCGUGGACAUCAGUGCCGCAACAACCUGUACUACACCGCCGCCAAGGAGAUCGUGUAUUUUGUGGCCGGUGUGGGAGUUGUGUACAACACCCGGGAGCACAAGCAGAAAUUCUACCUGGGGCACAACGACGACAUCAUCAGUUUAGCUCUGCAUCCCGAGCGUGUGUUGGUGGCUACAGGUCAGGUGGGCAAGGAGCCUUACAUCUGUGUUUGGGACUCUUAUACAGUGCAGACGGUGUCCAUCCUCAAGGAUGUGCACACGCAUGGAAUCGCCUGCCUGGCCUUUGACCUCGAAGGACAGUGUUUAGUGUCCGUGGGCUUGGACUCAAAAAACACAAUCUGUGUGUGGGAUUGGAGAAGAGGGAAGGUUCUGGCAGCUGCUCCCGGUCACACAGACAGGAUAUUUGACAUAUCAUGGGAUUUGUACCAGCCGAGCAAGCUUGUAAGCUGUGGUGUCAAACAUAUCAAGUUUUGGAGCUUAUGUGGUAAUGCUCUCACACCAAGGCGUGGUGUUUUUGGCAAAACAGGGGACCUCCAAACCAUCCUCUGCCUUGCAUGUGCAAAGGAUGAGGUCACAUAUUCAGGUGCCUUGAACGGCGACAUCUACGUGUGGAAAGGCAUCAAUCUGAUGAGGACGGUGCAAGGAGCUCAUGGGUCAGGGAUUUUCAGCAUGAACGCCUGUGAAGAGGGCUUCGCCACCGGUGGCAGAGACGGCUGCGUCCGGCUGUGGGAUCUCAACUUCAAACCAAUUACUGUCAUUGAUCUCAGGGAAACAGACCAAGGAUAUAAAGUAGCUAGAGGUGAGAAUAGCCGAGGACUGUCGGUGCGCAGCGUGUGCUGGCGGGGAGAUCACAUCCUAGUGGGAACACAGGACAGCGAGAUCUUUGAGGUGGUGGUCCACGACCGCAACAAGCCAUUCCUCAUCAUGCAGGGUCACUGUGAGGGUGAGCUGUGGGCCCUGGCCGUGCACCCUACCAAGCCACUGGCCAUGACCGGCAGUGACGACCGCUCAGUCAGGAUAUGGAGCCUUAUAGAUCACGCACUGAUAGCACGCUGUAAUAUGGAGGAGCCUAUUCGUUGUGCCGCUGUGAGCACUGAUGGAAUCCACCUGGCACUUGGAAUGAAGGAUGGCUCCUUCACCGUCCUCAGAGUUAGAGAUAUGACAGAGGUGGUCCACAUCAAGGACAGGAAGGAGGCCAUCCACGAGCUGAAGUACUCCCCAGAUGGAGCCCAUUUAGCUGUCGGCUCCAAUGAUAACUCGGUGGACAUCUAUGGUGUGGUGCAGAGAUACAAGAAAGUAGGCGAGUGCAUCGGCUCCAACAGUUUCAUCACGCACAUGGAUUGGUCCACUGACAGCAAACACCUGCAGACGAACGACGGCAGCGGCAGGAGGCUAUUCUACAGGAUGCCAAGUGGGAAGGAGGUUACCAACAGGGAGGAGCUGAAGCUGGUCCUGUGGGCUUCAUGGACCUGUGUUUUGGGCCCUGAGGUGAAUGGAAUAUGGCCAAAGUACUCAGACAUCAACGACAUCAACUCUGUGGAUGCCAAUUUUAACAACCAAGUCUUAGUAACAGCAGAUGACUAUGGAUUAGUUAAACUUUUCCGAUAUCCAUGUGUCAAAAAAGGUGCAAAAUUUAAAAAAUAUUUCGGUCACUCAGCCCACAUAACCAAUGCUAGAUGGUCACACGACUACCAGUGGGUAAUAACUGUCGGAGGUGCUGACCACUCAGUGUUCCAAUGGAAGUUUGUUCCUGAGAGAAAGUCCAAGGAAGCUUUGCAUAUAGCGCCACAAGAGAUCUUGGCAGAUUCAAACAGUGAAGAGUCAGACUCUGAUCAGUCAGAUGUGCCCGAGAUGGAUUCAGAAAUCGAGCAGGAGACACAGCUCACGUAUCGACGGCAGGUUUACAAAGAAGAUCUACCUCAGCUCAAAGAGCAGUGCAAAGAGAAGCAUCGAGCGAUGGCCAUGAAGAAGAGAGAGCGAGCACCAGGAAGCGGGUUGAAGCUGCACUUCAUUCACGGGUACAGAGGCUAUGAUUGCAGGAGCAACCUGUUCUACACCCAGACUGGGGAGAUCGUCUACCAUGUAGCGGCUGUUGGGGUUAUUUACAACAGACAGCAGAAUAUCCAACGUUUCUACAUGGGUCAUGAUGAUGAGAUCCUCUGUCUGGCCAUCCACCCACUCAAAGACUUUGUAGCAACAGGCCAGGUUGGUCGAGAUUCCUCCAUCCACAUAUGGGAUACAGAAACACUGAAACCCCAGUCCGUGUUGAAGGGAUUCCACCUGCUCGGGGUGUGCGCUUUGGACUUCUCAGCGGACGGCAAACGACUGGCCUCGGUGGGAUUGGAUGAAAACCACACCAUUGUGCUGUGGGACUGGCGGAAAGGAGAGAAGCUCUCAGCGAUGCGGGGAAGCAAGGACAAGAUAUUUGUUGUGAAAAUAAAUCCUUACCUCCCUGACAAGCUCAUCACAGCUGGAGUGAAGCACAUGAAGUUUUGGCAUAAAGCUGGUGGUGGUCUAAUUGGAUGCAAGGGCAACAUGGGGAAGACUGAGACCAUGUUGUGUGCUGUGUACGGCUGGUCGGAGGAGAUGGUGUUUUCUGGCACGUGUUCAGGCGACAUUUGCAUUUGGAGAGACAUGUUCCUGAUGAAGACGGUCAAAGCCCACGAUGGCCCCGUUUUCAGUAUGCAUGCACUAGAAAAGGGAUUUGUGACUGGAGGGAAGGAUGGUAUAGUUGCUCUGUGGGAUGACACAUUUGAGCGAUGUCUGAAGACCUACGCCAUCAAGAGAGCAGUCCUAGCACCGGGCUCUAAAGGACUGCUCCUGGAAGAUAACCCUUCCAUACGUGCCAUAUCUCUGGGCCACGGGCACAUCCUCGUGGGAACUAAAAAUGGGGAAAUCUUGGAGGUGGACAAGAGUGGUCCCAUCACUCUACUGGUCCAGGGUCACAUGGAGGGUGAAGUUUGGGGUCUGGCCACGCACCCCCACCUUCCUCUCUGUGCCACCGUCAGUGAUGACAAAACGCUGCGCAUAUGGGACCUGUCGCCCAGUCACUGCAUGCUGGCUGUCCGCAAACUCAGGAAAGGAGGCCGGUGCUGCUGCUUCUCUCCAGAUGGCAAAGCGUUGGCGGUGGGUCUGAAUGACGGCAGUUUCCUCAUUGUAAACGCAGACACCCUGGAGGACCUUGUGUCCUUCCACCACCGCAAGGACAUCAUAUCUGAUAUCCGAUUCUCUCCAGGUACUGGGAAGUACCUAGCGGUAGCGUCAGCCGACACUUUUGUGGAUAUUUACAACGUGAUGAGCAGCAAGCGGGUUGGAGUAUGCAAAGGAUCCCUCAACUAUAUUACCCACCUGGACUGGGACAAGAGAGGAAAACUGCUUCAAGUCAACACUGGUGCUAAAGAGCAGUUGUUUUUCGAAGCUCCUCGUGGCAAGAGGCAGAUCAUUCCUGCUACAGAGGUGGAGAAAAUAGACUGGAGCACAUGGACCUGCGUUCUGGGACCGUCUGUUGAAGGCAUCUGCCCUGUGAUCAGUGAGGUCACUGAGGUCACCGCUGCCUUCCUUAGUAAUGACAAAAAGGUGCUAGCAACAGGAGAUGACCUGGGAUACGUCAAGCUCUUCAGAUAUCCUGUCAAGGGAAAGUAUGCAAAGUUCAAGCGCUAUGUGGCCCACAGCACACAUGUUACCAAUGUGCAAUGGAUCCAUGACGACAGCCUCUUGGUGACAGUCGGAGGAGGUGACACAUGCCUCAUGAUUUGGGCCCAUGAGCCUGAGGGUCACCGGGAAUUCAGACAGUGUGACAGCGAGGAGUCAGACAUCGAGAGUGAAGAUGAUGGAGGUUAUGACAGCGAUGUGACGCGGGAGAAUGAGAUCAACUACACCAUUAAGGCCUUAUCCACCAACAUGCGUCCCAUGAUGGGCGUGAAACCCCACUUACAGCUGAAGGAGCCCUCUGUGGAUGAAAGACAAGGGGUGGUCAGAGGGUCAAGACCUCCUGUCAGCAGAGCGCUGCCACAGCCGGAGAAGCUGCAGACGAACAAUGUUGGCAAGAAGAAGAGGCCCAUCGAGGACCUGGUGCUGGAACUGGUGUUUGGUUACCGUGGCAACGACUGCCGUAAUAAUGUGCACUACCUGAAUGAGGGGGCCGACAUUAUUUACCACACAGCGUCCGUUGGUAUUGUUCUUAACCUGACGACGUUCUGCCAAAGUUUCUACAUAGAACACAGUGAUGACAUUCUGUGCCUGACAAUCAAUCAACAUCCCAAAUUCCCCAACGUGGUGGCAACUGGCCAAGUAGGUGAUGCAGGUGAUAUGUCAGCUACGUCUCCGUCUAUCCACGUGUGGGACGCCAUGACCAAGCAGACGCUGUCGGUGCUCCGGUGUUUCCACUCAGGCGGGGUCUGCUCCGUCAGCUUCAGUGCCACCGGAAAACUCCUGCUGUCUGUGGGCCUGGACCCUGAACACACUGUCACCAUCUGGAAGUGGCAAGAAGGUGCCAAAGUGGCCAGCCGGAUCGGUCACACCCAGAGGAUCUUUGUGGCCGAAUUCCGGCCGGACUCGGACACACACUUUGUAUCUGUCGGGGUGAAACACGUGCGCUUCUGGACUUUAGCGGGUCGAGCUUUGCUGAGUAAGAAAGGUGUGCUGAGUUCCAUAGAAGAUGCCCGGAUGCAGACGAUGCUGUCUGUGGCAUUUGGAGCUAAUAACUUGACAUUUACAGGUACCAUAAGUGGGGAUGUGUGUGUGUGGAAGGAACACAUUCUAGUAAGAAUAGUGGCCAAAGCUCAUACGGGUCCUGUGUUCACCAUGUACACCACACUGAGAGACGGCCUGAUCGUCACCGGAGGAAAGGAAAGACCGUCCAAGGAGGGUGGUGCCUUGAAGCUCUGGGACCAGGAGCUAAAGCGCUGCAGGGCUUUUCGAUUAGAAACUGGACAGAUUAUAGACUGUGUUCGCUCUGUAUGUAGAGGAAAGGGUAAAAUCCUUGUGGGUACCAGGAAUGCAGAGAUUAUCGAAGUAGGAGAGAAGAAUGCAGCAUGCAACAUCUUGGUGAACGGACAUAUGGACGGACCAAUCUGGGGUUUGGGCGCCCAUCCUUCCAGAGACGUAUUUCUGUCUGCUGCAGAGGAUGGUACUGUUCGCCUGUGGGACAUCCCAGAGAAGAAGAUGCUGAAUAAGGUGAACCUGGGCCACCCAGCAUGCACCAUCAGCUACAGUCCCGAGGGAGACAUGGUUGCCAUCGGCAUGAAGAACGGCGAGUUUAUCAUUCUGCUGGUCGCCUCACUCAAAAUUUGGGGCAAGAAAAGGGACCGGCGCUCCCCUAUCCAGGAUAUCAGGUUCAGUCCAAAUUCUCGUUACUUGGCCGUAUGCUCCACAGAGAGUGCGGUGGACUUCUACGACCUGACACUCGGGCCACAACUUAAUCGAAUCAACUGUUGUAGAGACAUCACCAGUUUUGUGAUGCAGAUGGACUUUUCGGCCGACAGCACUUCCAUCCAGAUUUCCACAGGUGCUUAUAAACGACUCGUAUACGAAGUGCCAUCUGGGAAGCAGGUCACAGAGCAGUCACAUAUUGACAGGAUUACCUGGGCCACUUGGACAAGUGUCCUUGGGGAUGAGGUCAUAGGGAUCUGGUCCCGCAACACUGACAAAGCAGACGUCACCUGCGCCUGUGUGUCCCACUCGGGCCUUAAUGUUGUCACAGGUGAUGACUUUGGAAUGGUCAAGUUGUUUGACUUCCCAUGUCCAGAGAAGUUUGCCAAACACAAACGCUUUCUGGGCCAUUCUGCUCAUUUGACAAAUAUCCGGUUCACAAACGGAGACCACUUUGUUGUCAGCGCCGGCGGCGAUGACAGAAGUCUGUUCGUGUGGCGGUGUGUCCACACUCCUCACUGAGAGCGCUAUGGGAGGCCGCGCCUGUGUUCCGCCAGCGCAGUCAUCCACCCAGAAGUGCACAUUUCAUGCAAAAGGACGACAAAACUGGCAACUUGUAAAUGUGGACACACUGCCUCAAAACAAAACUUGGUGCAUGCACACAAGGUCCCUUUUGGCUGCCGCGUCAGUCCUGAUUGUGCUCUUCACCCAACAUUUAAUCACCUCUAAUCUGUGCAUAUUUAUUUUUACCAUCUGUGUCUCAUGCCCCAAAUGGAGGUGUUGCCUGUGAAGUUGUGACUGACAAUGCCAUUUUUUAAGAAUAUAUAUAUAAAUAUAUAUAUAUGUAGCAAAUUGAAAUAGCCUUAAUCACAGCGUUAUGAGGGUUUGGAUUUUUGUUGGUUUUUUGUUAUUCUUUGGAUCAUGUGCUCAUUGGCUCCAUUUUUACUGGUCAUUCCAAAUCCUGUGGCCUUCCUCCUGAAUGUAACAUCCACCGUUAUGUUCUGGAUGUUCGCACGCCAAAGCAUUUUAUGCACUGUACACCUGACCUGGUCACUGUGUCCUCCCCGUCCCGCCGGUUCACUUCUGGUUGACGUCGCCAUGUUGUUACCUCGACCCUCCCUCAGCAGUGUUUCCCCAUUAAAACAUGUCAACGUGUACUUGUUUGAGGUUACCGGGUAUGCAUGGCUUACCAAGAAGACAAUCUGCCCAACAGUCCCAGAAAACUGCUGUUAAAAAUGGACGAUUCAAUGCACUGUUGCAUCUCAAUCAGUUUCCAGUGUGCUGCUACGAUCUUAUUGUUGCAUUUUCAAAACGUCAUCGAUAUCGAUCGAUGCAUAAACGUAAUGUUUUAUCAGAGAGAAAAUAUAAGUACAAAACUUUUUUUUUUGGUUUGUUUUCGUCCUUGUAUUAAGACUUAAAAAAAAGCUGUAUAUUUUGAUUUAUAUUACACCAGUGUAAAUACCAUUUGUAGAUAUUCUUUUUAUAUAUUUUUUGUGAGAUGUUUCUUAAAUUUCACUUUAAUAAAAAAUAAAUAACACAGCAUCCAUGAAGUCGUAUUUUAAAUUCUGGACAAUAACAUUCCGUGAAAUGUAGACAGGGUGUAAUUAAUCUGUACAUCUGAAGCAUCGAUCAGUUCCUGGUUUGAAGACAUCGACUGUUUCAUCUUCACACAAUUUUAUACAGUAAGAAAACACAAGUUCUUAUAUUAGCAGAUACACUUUGACCUAUUUAGUUUACAAAAUUUACAUACAAAGAUAAAUCAAAGCACAGAAAGCAAACUUUAGCUGAGCCUUUGUUCACUUUGUAUUAUUUGCAACUUGUAGAUAAAAAACUGCAAAUUUACAUCAACCAGCAGGUCACAUUUCCAAACUAACAUCGAUUAAUCAAUAAGGCUGCGCUGCAUUCAGUUCGUUAUCAGAUAUGUAGUCUUUCAGAGAGGUGUGUGUGUGUCACAAUCACUGUGACACAAGAUGUGGUGACUUACUACACUGUCCUGUACAGAACAAAGUGUCAACAAUGAACCAAAUACAGACUGAAAAUGUACAUGUAACAGUUCAGUGCAACCUUUGGAUUAAUUUACAGCAAAUCAUCACUUUUAAAGCCAGUUGGUAUUAAUUUUUUUUAAAUAGAAGCUCAUGGAUGGAUACAUGAAGCCUAGUGAGGGAAGCCACCAAGACAACUGAUGGAGUUGCAGGUUUCUAUGGCUGUGAGGGAGAAAUGACAUCAUGACAGUUUUGCUGUUGCAUCACCAGUUACACAGAAGAAUCUUCUAUUAAAAACAAAGGUGUGAAAUUUACACUCCAACGUGAAGCUGAUGCAACACACACAGAAAAAGUUGCAUUCUGCCCAGUUUCUCCAAUCGCAACUAUAGAAGCUGACUUCAGAAUUGUAAUGGGUAUUUUGGUGGCUUCCCUCACCAGUUUUUUUUUUUUUUUUGAGGACUUCCUACUCCAGUGUUGCCAUAUACAACUAUACUGUUUGUUAUUCCCACCAACUUGGAACUAAUCAUCUAUCCAGCCUCUGAACUGUAGAAAUACAACUGGCUUUCAAAUUGACACGAUCAUUUC